CGACGCAAGAUCGCGAAUCGCGAGUCUGCCAAGCGUUCAAAGAUUAGGAAGAAGGCUGAGGACGCAAAACUGCUCUCCGCCGCAGAGACUCUGCUGCAGGACAGUGCCAGCAUGCGUAAAACGAUCACGGACUUGCAGAAGAAGGUCGACACAUUGUACGCCGAAAACGUCAAGCUUCGGAUGAAAUUGGGCGAG